AUGGAGAAGGAAAGAGGACUGCUCAAAGCUGAGGUUGUGAACCAAUCACUACCUUCGGAGGAGGAGAUGGAGGAAGCAUCGAGAAGAAGCGCUUUGGAAAUCUCGGAUCCAAAGGAAACUACUCACGCAGAAUCCUAUGAGGGACCCUCCAGAGUUUCUUUGGAGGAAGUAGUGGCGGAGAAGCAGCCUGAAGUGGCUGAGGAGAAGAAGAAGAAGAAUAAGAUCAAAGAGAAGAGGGCUGAAGGGGAUGAGGAAGCCCAUCCAAUCAAGACGAAGAAGAAGAUCAAAGAGAAGAGAGUUGAAGGAGAUGAGGAAGCCCAUCCAAUCAAGAAGAAAGAAAGGAGGGCAGGUGAGAAAAGGGAAUGCAGGCAGAAGAAGAAGCGCCUGAGGAAGGAGGAAGAGAAGAGAAAGAGGGCUGAGAGCCCAAAAAUUGAUGGAGAAUCCACCUCCGUAAGGGUGGAUAAGGGGGAGUCAGCGCAACUGAGAGAAUCAACGUAG